AUGCCUAUCGAAUGUUGUCUGUUGUCAUCAUUACUCUUCCUAAUACAACAAUUCCAGUUCACUUAUCAAUUCGAAACAAUUCAAACGGCUCUAUCCAAUACUGCAGAAUUAGCCUGCUCAGUAACAAGCCCAAAUAUACAAUCGACAAAUCCUGCAAAGAUUGUCUGGAUUCGCGAUGAUCAAGCAGAUAUUGUCAGUCUUGAUUCAAUUAUAACCGUACGCGAUGCACGCUUAAGUAUUCUACCUAUGAAUAAUAUCGAUCGUCAAGAUAGAAUUUUACGUAUAACAAAUAUUGAAGAACAAGAUCAUGGAUUAUAUCGUUGUAUACAUGGUGAUAUUACAUUGAAUGAAAUUUUUCUUGAUGUACUCAUCCCACCUCGAAUUGUUUCUCAUUCACCAGAACACAUGCGUAUGACAGUUCGCGAAGGUCAAGAUGCCCGAUUCUCGUGUAUAGCAACUGGCCAUCCAACACCUAGUAUUAUUUGGCAUGUCAAUGGUUUAUUAAAGUCAGAUACAGUGACUAUAGUCGAAGGUAAAAAUGAAAGUAUACUUAUCUUACGUAAUGUGUCCCGUUUUGAUUCUGGUCGAGUCGAUUGUUCAGCCAGUAAUACAUUAAGUACUGUCAAUCGACAGUUUCUCCUGUAUGUUAAACAUAAACCCAUAGUGACAAUUCCAUUUCCAUUGUUUCAUUAUCAGUUACAUGAUACAGCAACAGUAACAUGCCAAUUAAAUGAUCCAUCUCUAUUCGGACCAUAUGUCUGUCGAGCAAAGAAUUUAUUAGGUUUUAAUCAUGCUGAAUUUAUGCUUAAAGAAAUAAUUCAAUCAACCAAGCACAUGAAAUACGUAACAGAACGCCGGCCUUCAUUGCCUACGAUUAAGAAUUCAUCUCCAACAUCGACGUUUACGACUGAUAAUAAGAAUGAAUCACCUAAACGUAACAUUCAAUCAAAUACAAUUGUAAAUGAAAGAAUAAUUGGAAAAAAUCAAUCGCAUAAAUCGUCGAUGUCAAUUUUAUUAUUAAUAAUCUUAUUCUUUAUAAUACUCUAG